AUGGCCCCAUCUCUCAGCCAUACGCCCACUGUCCAGCAGCCUGCGACAAACGCAAGGGGCACACCACGGCGCCCACCCAAGCUCCGUUCCUCGUGCGAUGCCUGCGGUGCCGCCAAGGUGCGCUGUGACAAGACCCAGCCUCGCUGCGGCCGGUGUGUUGCGGGUGGCCUCAACUGCGUGUACGGACUGUCGAGAAAA